CUGUGUGUGAGAAGCCCAGAGAGCUGAGGAGAAGGGGGUGUUUAGAUCAGUUACAGCAGCGAAAGAGAGGGGAGAGAGAGCCCGAGAGACUGACAACUGUGUGUGAGAGUGUGGGAAGCAGUCUGGAAAGAAAGCUGUUCCACUCCAAGACCAACACACACACACACAGAGAGAGAGAGAGGGAGAGAGGGAGAGAGGGAGAGAGGGAGAGAGGGAGAGAGGGAGAAGGCAGUCAAGGACUUUAUCAGAGUGGAACCAAGCAGGGGUUGAAACAGACAAACAGCAACUGGACAAGGCUCACCCUGACUGGGGCUCGGAGUGACAGAAGUCCCCUCCGACAACAACCACAAGCCUGGAGAGCCAGUCCUGCUCUGAGCUGCUCUUGUUUUGUUCUGGGUGGAAAUUCCUCUGAGACGUCACUGCUAGCUGAGCUCAGCUGAAUAACCACAGCCGAGGAAGACUGUUGUGGUUGCUGGUCAAACUAUUGUGUGUGUGGAGCUAGAGAGAGGAGCAUGUUUGACUGUAUGGAGGCUCUGGCCCCCCGGCCACUCUUCGACGUGUCCACUCAGGGGUCUUGCAUGUUGGGCAAGGCCACCCCCUUCUUCCCUGGUCUGGACCCCUUUGCCUGGGCUGGGAUGGCCAGUGUUCAGUCAGUGGAGACCCAGAGCACCAGCUCUGAGGAGAUGGUGCCCAGUUCACCCUCUCCGCCCCCUCCUCCCCGCAUCUACAAGCCCUGUUUCGUGUGCCAGGACAAGUCCUCUGGCUACCACUACGGGGUCAGCUCCUGUGAGGGUUGCAAGGGAUUCUUCCGGCGCAGUAUUCAAAAGAACAUGGUGUAUACCUGCCACCGAGACAAGAACUGUCAGAUCAACAAGGUGACCCGUAACCGCUGUCAGUACUGCCGGCUGCAGAAGUGCUUUGAGGUCGGCAUGUCCAAAGAAGCGGUGCGUAACGACAGGAACAAGAAGAAGAAAGAUGUGAAGGAGGAGGUGGUGUUGCUGGAGAGCUACGAGCUCAGUGGAGAACUGGAGGAGCUAGUCAACAAAGUCAGCAAGGCCCACAAAGACACCUUUCCCUCACUCGUCCAGCUGGGCAAAUACACGACAAACUCCAGUUCAGACCACCGUGUACAGUUGGACCUGGGGCUGUGGGAUAAGUUCAGUGAACUCUCCACCAAGUGCAUCAUCAAGAUAGUGGAGUUUGCCAAGCGCCUGCCAGGCUUCACCACCCUCACAAUUGCUGACCAGAUCACUCUCCUCAAAUCAGCCUGUCUGGACAUACUGAUGCUGAGGAUCUGCACUCGCUACACUCCGGAGCAGGACACAAUGACCUUCUCCGACGGGCUGACCCUGAACCGGACCCAGAUGCACAACGCAGGCUUCGGCCCUCUCACAGAACUGGUGUUUGCCUUCGCUGGCCAGCUGCUGCCUCUGGAGAUGGACGACACAGAGACCGGCCUGCUCAGCGCCAUCUGCCUGAUCUGCGGAGACCGUAUGGACCUGGAGGAGCCCCAGAAGGUGGACAAGCUACAGGAGCCCCUCCUGGAGGCCCUGAAGAUCUACGCCCGCCGCAGACGCCCCAACAAGCCCCACAUGUUCCCCCGCAUGCUGAUGAAGGUCACUGACCUCAGGGGCAUCAGCACCAAGGGUGCUGAGAGAGCCAUCACUCUGAAGAUGGAGAUCCCAGGCCCCAUGCCUCCUCUGAUCAGGGAGAUGUUGGAGAACCCUGAGGCCUUUGAGGACAGCAGCGACUCUGGGGACAGCGCCUCCGCCCCCCCUGCCAUCCAGGCCAUCAAGAAAGAGAGGGAGGAGGAAAAGAGCCUGGAGGAGGAAGAUGAGGAUGAGGAGGACGAGUGGGGGGACGAGGAAAGGGAGAGAGGGGCGGACAGCGAUGGGGAGCCCUGGGGGGAGGCUGCAGCGGCAGAAGCAGGGUCCCAGAAAGGGGCGACUGGGAGAUCCCAGUAAGAGAGACAUAGUGAUGCACUCUGACCCAUUCACGUAACCUCCUGCUCCACCACCCUCAGACAGACCAACACACCCUGUCCUAUCACACCAAGUCAUCUCCCUACAUGAGCAGCCCAUCCUAUAACAAGGGUCUACUCCAAGACCUAGCACUCACCUCUGCUGUUACACCUGUUAAACUACCCCCCACCCAUCUAUCCAAGCACACGCACACAUACAUUUACACAUAUACACAUAUACACAUACAUACUGUAUACCCAUAAGAAUUCCUCCUUUGCUCUAGAUAGACAGUGAAGUAAAGGCUCUAUGUAGUGAACCUACUCUGACACUCCAGGGUGAAACUGGCCCUCUCUACAGGAACAGGUGGAACAUGUAGUUAGGGAAAAAAGAGGAGAGAGAGAAAAACUAAAUCUCACAUACUUGGGACAAGGGCCAUGAGAGAUCACUUUGCCAACCAUAAGACUGACCGACCCAAUGUUACUUUACAAUGCUGUCUCCACACAAAGAGAAACACAGGAGAUGCUAAACUGAGUGGCAGCAGCUUGGAGUGGUGGACUAUAUGAAAUGCACUCACCCACUUUCCUUAAGGGCUACUCUGAGUGCAAGAGCAAUGAUGAAAACGACAACUGCAACAACCAAACUCUUAACGUGAAAACCAUUCGCCACAAAUGCCUUUGAGAAUUGUAUUUUUCUUUUCUUUUCAUUGACAUUUCUUUUCAUAAAUGUUUUUCUAUUGUAUGAUUUUCCCCCAAAAAAACAUUCAUAUUUGAUCAUAUAUUCAUUUGUAUUACUAUGCAUUUUUCUCUGUUAUUGUUGUCUCGUUUGUGCUUCAGUCAUGCUCAUGUUUGACGAGCAAUCUCAAACUAGCGAUAGAUUUUCAGUUUGUAAGUUGGCAACUCAACUCACAAACUGGCAACUCUCUUCUGAUCGUUACAUCAGCUGUGCUUCACUCAUUGGGACAGAGCUUACUAUAGAUCUCUGCUCGAUGAGACAAACAAAAACAACAAGGAUUUGACCAAUGGACUACGGCACAUUGUAAGCUAUAGUUGUGAGCUACACAUAUACUUAAUAAACACACAAACACACAAACACACUCCUUUAACAUCUAUAAAUGUGUGCAGCAGAGGUGGGACAAAGUCAUUGUUAUGCAAGUCACAAGUAAGUCUCAAGUCUUUGCCCUCGAGUCCCGAGUCAA